ACAGAGCCGCUCUGUGCUGCAGCUCGCAGCAGAAGAAUGGUUGCUGUGUGCAGCUGGCGCUGCGCCUGCUUGGCAGUCCGUGCACGGCCGUGCAGCGCCGGGGCCGCCUCUGCUCCGCUCUGCAGCAGCGCACCCUCCCUGCUGCAUGGGGCUGCGUGCUGCUGCUGCUGCUGCUGCUCCUAUCCCCGUGGCAUCCUGCUGCAUCCCGCUGCAUCCCAUGACAUCCAGUGACAUCGCACUGCAUCCCAUGACAUCCCAGUGCAUGCUUUCCAUGGCAUCCUGCUGCAUCCUGUGACAUCCCAGUGCAUGCUUUCCAUGGCAUCCUGUUGCAUCCCACUGCAUCCCAUGGCAUCCCGAUGCAUCCUGCUGCAUCCCAGUGCAUCCCAUGACAUCCCAGUGCGUGCUUCCCAUGGCAUCCCACUGCAUCCCAUGACAUCUCACUGCAUCCCAGUGCAUCACAGUGCACGUUUCCCAUGGCAUCCUGCUGCGUCCCACUGCAUCCUAUUGCAUCCCACUGCAUCCCACUGCAGUGCAGCCGCCGGAUUGCAUGGGCUGCAGUGCAGGCAUCAGAGCGCACCCAUCGCUGCAGAUCCACUGCGUGGCAGCUGCUUGCACGCACUGGUGACAUUGCAGCUGCCACAGUGCAGUGCAACUGCUGCGGCACGCCUGCUGCGUUGGGUGCACUGCAUUGCUCUCAUGGAAGCACCAGGGAUGCGCCAGGGUUGCACCGGGGAUGCACUGGGAAUGCACCAGGGUUGUGUCAGGAAUGCACCAGAGUUGCAUCAGGAGUGCACCAGGGUUCCAUCAGGAAUGCACCCGAGUUGCACCAGGAAUGCACUACGGUUACACCAGGGAUGCACAAGGGUUGCAUCAGGAAUGCGCUGGGAAUGCACCAGCGUUGUGUCAGGAAUGUGCUGGGGUUGCACCCAGGAUGCGUCAGGGUUGCAUCAGAGAUGCACUGGGAAUGCACCAGGGUCGCACCAGGAAUGCACUGCGGUUGCAUUAGAGAUGCACCUGAGUUGCACCAGGAGUGCACUACGGUUACACCAGGGAUGCACGGAGGUUGCACCAGGAAUGCACCAGGAUUGCAUCAGGAAUGCCCCAGAGUUGCACCGGGGAUACAGCGGGGAUGCACAAGGGUUGCAUCAGGAAUGUGCUGGGAAUGCACCAGCGUUGUGUCAGGAAUGUGCUGGGGUUGCACCCAGGAUGCACUGAGGUUGCACCAGGGAUACACCAUGGAUGCACCAGAGUUGCACCAGGAGUGCACUAGGGUUAUACCAGGGAUGCACUGAGGUUGCACCAGGAAUGCACCAGGAUUGCAUCAGGAAUGCCCCAGGGUUGCACCGGGGAUACAGCAGGGAUGCACUGAGGUUGCACCAGGGCUGCACCAGAACUGCACCGGGGUUGCACCGGAUUGCACCGGGGAUGCAUUGGAGAUAACACGGGGGCUGCAUCGGGGUUGCAAGCUCCCAAGCGCCCUGGGGGCUGCUGCAAAACCCUGGGGGUGCAUUUUUAGCCCUGACCCCCCCCCAGACACCACUGAAACGUGCUUUGCAGUAACAUCGCCGAGGCGCUGGUGAGCAAAGGCCUGGCCACCGUGAUCCGGUACCGGCAGGACGACGACCAGAGAUCCUCGCACUACGAUGAGCUGCUGGCCGCCGAGGCGCGGGCCAUCAAGAACGGCAAAGGGCUGCACAGCAAGAAGGAGGUGCCCAUCCACCGCGUGGCCGACAUCUCCGGGGUGAGGAUUCCCCCCCCCCCGUGUCCCCACCCUCACUCCCUCCAAGACACCCCCC